CAGUACAUGUUCUUGUGUUGUAUCUUGUUAGUAUAUUCGAGAGGCGCUAAAAUUUCCUCAGACAUUGAAGCUCAGCUCGGCUAGGGUCAGGGUUUCGCUUUUGCUUUCGCCGCCGCACCGUUCCUCUUCGGUUCUUCAGGUUUUGAGCUUUGCUUUCCAAAUUUUUGCUAUGACUUUGCUUGAAGUGAUAAUAAAGGCCUCGGCCAAUACCGAGUCACUUGCUUCCGAGUCAAAAUACCCUAUUGUUCUCAACCCAGAUGAUGUUUUGCUGAGGCCUAAACUUGAAGUCCCAAAUCCCACAUUGCUUGUUAACCCUGUUAUCGGUUGGCAAAUAUCUCAAACCGAUUCUGAAGUCAUUGAAAUGGGGAAAAAUUUCUAUACUAAGCUAAAGCGGAAGCUCAAGAACCCGAUAGAUUUUGAUAAGGAUGAGUUUUUACUGAUCUUGAAUCAGUUUCUUGAGAAAAUUAGGGACAAAGUUGGUGUUUCCGUUGGGAUUGAUUCGUCUGAAAGUGGGUAUACUCGGGCCUGGAUUGAACGGCUAGGGCCUUUGAUGGGUAAAGAUGUUGCUGGUUUGGUUUUGGAUGGGUGUGUAGAUUUUGAAAUUUGGGAUUUGGUUGAGUUUCUGAUUGUUAAUGGGGUUAUUGAUCAUUCUUGUUAUUCGAAUUUGGUCAAUAGACUUGUGGCGAAGAAGAGGUCAGACUUGUUAUGUCUUUGUAUUAAGCAUGCAUCAGAUCUUGGGGCAUCUGAAUUACUUGCCAUUUUGAAGUAUUUUCUUUGUCCGGCGAAAGAUGCUUAUGGCAGUAUGGUGGAUGUGAGGAAAGAAUGGGAGAAGCAGGCUUUGUCAGCAAUUGAGAAAGCAAGUGAAAGGAGUGUCACGGGGAAGAAAGCACGUUUGGCAAAGGAGGCUUCAAUUUUGCUUAUGAUAGCACAUGAUGGGUUCUCUGCAUCAGAGCUUUGUUUGCACUAUUUGCUGGCAUCCCCAAAUAUUGAUGCAGUGACAUUAUCGUCAUCAAUUGGAAAUUUGAAUGGUAAAGAGAUGAUGAAUUUGAUUCAGUAUUUGGGGAAGUGGUUGAAGAAGUAUGAGCAAUUUCCUCAAGCAAUUCCAUGUCUUGAAGCAUCACAUAAGUUAGGUUUGAAGGCCUGCAGUUGGGUUCCUAAGCUUGAAGAUGUCAUCAACUGUGCUGGAUUGGUGCUGGAUGAAAAAUUUUCUUCAUUGAUUUUGCAUCCAGAAUUCCAUGAAGAGCUGAGAUCCAUGGGGGAAGUGGUUAGUUGUUUAGCAUCAGAAGCUAGACUAUGUUGUUUAAUGGCUGAUGUAGCCGAUAGAUUGAAAGUUGAAGUUUGACAUGCUUGGAAAUAUUAAUUUUUGCUAAUAUUGCAUCAUGCUCCUGGUAUUGCAUUUGCAGAAUUGAUAGUAUGCUAUUAGUUUUUCUUUUCUUGGAACAAAUUGAAGUUUUUUCAGACACUUCUAUAUGGAUGUUAUUCGUGAUUGGUUUGUUAGGUUUAGUCUGCAUUUUGAGAUGGCAGUCUAUACCCGAGUUCUGAUGUAUACAAUGGGAGGAAUCUUAGAUAAGAUUUAAUUCUGUCUACAAAUAUAUACUUUUUGUGAUGAGUUAGUAUGAAAUUACCUCUCCACUAUAAUCUCAGAAAGUGACAAAUAUUAACUUGCAUCCAUCCAUUAAAUGAGCC